GCCCAACUUCAAGCAAAAACCCUACAGCCCCUUUGACUCUACAUUCCUCCAAGAACCCUUCCCCUUUAUUCACCAACAAUGGCUUCUGUAGGUGGAAAACGCUUUUCUUUAACUGGAUCAACCAACAACAACAAAGAUGAAGGUGUUUUAUCCAAGAUUUCUCGUUCAUCUAUUGUUACAAAGGGUAAAGAAGCAGCUUGUGGUGCUACUUAUGUGGGUAAAAAACUAGCAAAGAGUACUGGUAAAGCUGCUUGGCUUGUUGCUACAACAUUUUUGGUUCUUGGUUUGCCUUUAAUUAUAGUGAUGGAUCGUGAACAGCAGCUUAAUGAACUUGAUCUUCAACAAGCUAGUCUUCUUGGUGCACCUCCUGCUUCAGUUGUUGUACCUCAGAAGUGAUUAUUUUUUUUUCCAGUAUGUUUGUGAACCUUUUUAUGUUUUAUCUAGUGUUUUGAUGAUGGGGUUUGCAUAAUUAAUUGAAUAUUUUUGGCUAGUUCUGGUAAAUUUGAUUUUAUCAGGUGACAUGUGUUAUUUUUAGUUUUUAGUGAUCUUGAUCUUCAAUAUGAACCAAAAAAAGAUUUGAUCUUGAUGUUGUUUCUUUGGGUAA